AUGAACGCCAUCAGGCUCGCCAAGAAGUACCCCCAGCUGGGUCAGGGCGGCAUCAUGGAGCUGCAAAACCAGUUCCUCCAGCUGGAUGCCGAUGACAAAGGUUAUUUGGACGAAGCGACAGCAAUUAAAGCCGUGCAGAACUUGGAGAGGAAGCAAUACGACGUUGUUCGACAGGCUCUCAAGGAAGUGGAAUUGGAUAGCUCGCGGAGAGUCGAGUUUGACGAUUUCGUUGACCUUGUUUCCAAACUGCGACUUGCAGAUACACCGGCAUCAGCACUACCUUCAGCUAUCCCGUCUGGUGUAGUUAGGAGCCGCGCCAGUUCGGCUGCUGGAGGUCCUUUACCACCUUCGCCGGGCAAGAAGCCACCAGCCGGUCAGAUCCGGAUGGGAGGUUCUACGUCAACGUCGCAACAUACCAUCAAUGAGGAUGAACGGACUGAAUUUACGCGCCAUAUCAAUGCCGCUCUUGCGGGAGAUGCGGAUAUCGGCGACAGGUUGCCGUUCCCGACUGAUACCUUCGAGAUGUUUGACCAGUGCAAAGACGGCUUUGUCCUCGCAAAACUCAUUAACGACAGCGUUCCCGACACUAUCGACGAGCGUGUUCUUAAUCGUCCUAAGAAUAAGAAGGCGCUCAACGCUUUCCAUAUGACCGAGAACAAUAACAUCGUCAUCAAUUCCGCAAAGGCUAUCGGCUGCUCCGUCGUCAACAUUGGCGCCGGUGAUAUCAUUGAAGUGCGCGAGCAUCUCAUCCUCGGGUUAAUAUGGCAGAUUAUCCGACGCGGUCUCUUGUCCAAGAUUGAUAUUAGACUCCAUCCGGAACUGUAUAGAUUACUAGAGGACGGUGAGACGCUCGAGCAGUUCUUGAGACUUCCUCCUGAGCAGAUCUUGUUGAGAUGGUUCAACUACCAUCUUAAGGCCGCGAAUUGGAACAGACGGGUGUCGAACUUUUCGAGCGAUGUUAAGGAUGGUGAAAAUUACACUGUCUUGUUGAAUCAGCUUUCGCCGGAUCUGUGCUCUCGAGCCCCAUUGCAGACACGCGAUUUACUCCAACGUGCUGAAGAGGUUCUCCAGAAUGCCGACAAGCUCGACUGCAGGAAGUUCUUGACCCCCAAGUCGUUAGUUGCGGGUAAUUCGAAGCUUAACUUGGCCUUUGUCGCUCACUUGUUCAAUACCCAUCCAUGCCUCGAACCCCUCACUGAGGACGAGAAGGUCGAUAUCGAUGACUUCGAUGCCGAGGGCGAGCGUGAGGCUCGUGUCUUCACACUGUGGUUGAACUCCCUCGACGUUACCCCAUCCAUCAAUUCGCUAUUCGAUGAUCUCUCGGACGGUACUAUUAUCAUGCAGGCAUACGACAAAGUUAUCCCAGGCUCCGUCAGCUGGCGACACGUCAACAAGCGUCCACAGGGCGGCGAGCUCCAGCGCUUCAAGGCUGUCGAGAAUACCAACUAUGCUGUCCAGCUUGGUCAGCAGAAUGGAUUUUCGCUUGUUGGCAUCCAGGGUGCGGAUAUUACAGAUGGACAGAAGAAGUUGACAUUGGGACUUGUUUGGCAAUUGAUGAGGAGGGACAUCUUGAACACUCUGGGCGGAUUAGCGCAAAAGGCUGGUAAGAGGGAAUUGUCCGAUAGGGAUAUGAUUGAGUGGGCAAAUGCAAAGGCAAGACAGGGGGGGAAGCAGACGCAAAUUCGGGGUCUCAAGGACCAGAAUUUGGCGUCGGGUAUUUUCUUGUUGGAUGUGCUUAGUGGAAUGAAGAGCAGCUAUGUGGACUAUGAUCUCGUAACACCAGGACGAACUGACGAGGACGCUUACCUCAAUGCUAAACUCAGUAUUUCGAUUGCAAGAAAGAUGGGGGCUACUAUCUGGUUACUACCUGAGGAUAUCGUCGGACUGCGAACCCGUCUUAUUACCACCUUCAUUGGUAGUUUGAUGGCUGUCCCUCUCUAA